AUGACCGGCGGCACGGAGAUCGAGGUGUGCGUGGCCGCCCCCAAGGGCAACUACGCCCCCGGCACCGGCAACGACGGCUUCAUCCCCUGCGAGGGUGGCACCUACCAGGACGAGGAGGGCCAGGGCGCCUGCAAGCCUUGCCCUCCCGGCCAUCAGUGCCCCUCCGGCUCUCUACUGCCCACCAAGUGCCGCCCCGGCUUCUGGGCCGACAUGAAGCAGCCAUUCUGCAAGGAGUGCGCCAAGGGCACCUACCAGGACAGGGAGGGGCAGCGCUCCUGCAAGCCCUGCCCCGCCGGCAGCUACUGCCAGGCCACCAAGAUGGCCGCUCCCUCCCCUUGCCCCGCCGGCAAGUAUGGCGUUCGGAUCUCUUCCAUCACCCCCAACGACUGCGCCGCCUGCCCCAUUAACGUGAGUAGCAAUGAUGCUGGUGUCUGCCGCUCAGCGCUGUGGCCUGGCCAAUGGUGGCCGCUUGCUGCCCCGCUUGCCCGGCGUUCUUACCCCUCCUGUGGUACCUUGCUCCUGCUGCAGUCCUACACUGCCGCCACUGGCCUCACCAAGUGCACCAAGUGCACCACCGGCCUGUGGACCGCCCGCAAGACGGGCCAGAAGCUGUGCUGGGACAACACCAAGAACCUGCCCACCAGCCCCUCCGACUGA